GUGGUAUUAUAUUUCAAAAGGGAAAGACAUCCGUGAAAAAGAGAGAAGGGGAAGAAUCCACGGUUGCAACUGUCACUCCUGCUACGGCGUUCGGACGCGUGCUCGGAUUUCGUCGCUCGCGACAAAUCGCUAAUGAUUGCGAUAGAACACAACAAUGCAUGUUCCCGAUCUUGUAUUCAGUUCAAUCAUCGGCGCGACAAGUAGAUAAGGACAUAAAGAAGGCGACCGGAUGCGUAGGUUAUCUGCUCCUAUCAUCACGGAAGAAAUGACUUUUCUCGACGACGAGGACGGCCGGUACGAUCGGCGAUGGCGGCUCGUACGGCAGGGUGGCAAGGAAAAGGAGGAUUGUAUGUGCAGAGGAGGCCAGCCGAGCGGGAGGGGUCGAUAAGAGAAAUCGAAUCGGGCUACGUGGAAUCGUGAAAGUGAAGGUACGCCGCUGCGGUUGCUACCUGUGGGACAGGCCUGGUCUCGAGCCCAAUGAAUACCUGUUGCUCGUUUACUGGCCCCCCGCCGAUCGAAGCAUUUUCUUCCCCCCGGUCGCGCUCGUGCUUGCGUCGUGACGUGGAUCGCUAUUGUAUAUCAAGAAGUUUAUGGAGAGCACGCGACGAUAAACGCGGCGCGUGAUAAGAGAGAAUAUAUACAUAUAUAGUCUCUAUUGUACACAAUCAAUUUGCAAGUGUCAAACGCAAAUUGUCGACAAGUAUGGAGCGUCUAAAGAAGAAAUUGAAGGAGUACGAUCAGGAGCAUUUGCUCAGUUUUUGGGAAGAACUGACAGAUGAAGACAGGAACCAGCUGGAGAAUGAUAUAAAUGAGCUAGAUCUGGAGGAGACUACGGCAUACUUUAAAAAGGCUUUGGAAUCCCAUCAGCACAUUGGCCAGAGCAUGCUGGAUGAUAAACUACAGCCUGUUGAUAAGAAGAAGAUUGCCUCUAUUAAGACAUCAACAAAGGAAGAAUUGGAGAUAUAUGAGGAACAUGGCUUGAAGGAAAUAGCUGAGGGUCGUGUGGCCGUCAUACUAUUGGCUGGUGGUCAAGGCACACGUUUAGGAGUGACUUAUCCUAAAGGAAUGUAUGACGUUGGUCUACCAUCAGGCAAAACUCUAUUCCAGCUGCAAGCAGAGAGAAUACUUCGUUUGCAAAAUAUAGCAGAGCAACUACAUGGAAAACGCGGUGAAAUAACUUGGUACAUUCUUACUAGCGAAGCUACUCACCACUCCACUAUCACCUUUCUGGAUGAACAUAAUUACUUCGGUUUAAAAGAUAACAAUGUCAAGACCUUUAAGCAAGGUAUGCUGCCAUGUUUCACUUUCGAUGGAAAAAUUAUCUUAGAUACGAAGUAUCGGGUUUCCAAGGCUCCAGAUGGUAAUGGAGGAUUGUACCGCGCGUUGAAAAAUGAAGGGAUACUGGACGAUAUGGUUCAGCGCGGUAUUCGGAGUGUCCAUGCGCAUUCUGUGGACAACAUCUUGAUAAAAGUAGCGGAUCCUGUAUUUAUAGGAUACUGUUUGCUCUCUGAUACGGACUGUGGAGUUAAAGUCAUUGAGAAGUCCGCCCCCAAUGAAGCAGUCGGCGUUGUUUGCAAAGUGGAAGAUCAUUAUCAAGUCGUUGAGUACAGCGAGAUUACGAACAAGACAGCGGAGUUGCGUCACGCUGAUGGACAACUGGUAUACAACGCUGCCAAUAUUUGCAAUCACUAUUUUACUGUCGAUUUUCUAAAAACUAUUGAUAAAUAUCAUGAGAAAGAUUUGGAUUUGCACGUCGCAAAGAAAAAAAUUCCGUGCGUCAACAACGACGGAGAAAGGAUUACUCCCAAAAGUCCGAAUGGCAUCAAAAUAGAGAAGUUCGUGUUCGGUGUGUUUCCUUUCGCAAAGAAUUUCGCAGUCUGGCAGGGAAUUCGCGAGGAGGAAUUCAGCCCGGUGAAAAAUUCAGAUUCUGCUGAUCAAGAUUGCCCAAGUACCGCUCGCGUCGAUCUACUCAAUUUACAUAAAAAGUGGUUGCUGGAUGCGGGCGCGAAAAGCGUCGACGAAGACGUCGAGAUCUCCCCUUUCCUCUCAUAUGCGGGAGAGAAUUUGCAUCAAAUCGCAAACAAUCAAUCUUUCGUGGGACCACAAGUCCUGGAAUAAUAAGAACACAACAUAAAAAUUCCAUCAAUCUACGGCAGCAAAAUAUUUUAAAAACAGCAUCAAUGAUGUUUAAAUUUCUGUGAUGAAGUAAGAUUAAAUAUAAUCAUGAUAGCAUUUAUAAUAAUAAUCUCCUAUACAUAUAAUAUAUAUAUAAUUUUUAUAUCACUGGUUUUGUGAAACUUAUACAUACAACUUGCAAUUUAUUAAGACAUUUUAAUGAGAUUAAAGGACAAUAUUAAUGCUCGUACUUACAAUGACGGGGUUAGUUAUUGUCUAGAUGAAAUAAGAAAAAUGUAUAAAUAUUAUAUAAUAUUGAUAACUGUAUAGAAUUUGUAUGAUAAAAAUUCGAGUGCAAUUUACUUGUAUAUUGUAGUAUAAUAAUUGGGCAAUAUUGUACUAUAGAUAUA